GAGAGUAGGAAGAAGUGGGAGGAGGGAGAGAGACAGAUACCGAUUGAAAAGAGGGUGGAAGAGGAACAACUGACAGGCUCAAGAGCAAGGGACAGUGGGCAGGCAGCGACAAGGCGGCCAGAGGACGAAGAAGGCAACGGAAAUUCCAGCGAGGAGGAAGAGAAGUUUCCUGCAGAGGAUCAUGUCCCCGCUGUGCAUUGUGAGUGAUCUGGCCUGCCACUCGCUGUCCUGUCGGAGGAAAGAGGCUGGAGAGACCCGGAGCCGGUGCCGGAGCCGGGAGAGGCGCUCACUGCAGUUGCGGAAGCCUUGGCGUCUGUCCUCUGCUGAGCCACGAUGGGUGACUGGAGCUUCCUGGGAGAGUUCCUAGAGGAAGUCCACAAGCACUCCACAGUGAUCGGCAAGGUCUGGCUCACCGUGCUUUUCAUCUUCCGCAUGCUGGUCCUGGGCACGGCUGCCGAGUCUUCCUGGGGGGACGAGCAGGCCGAUUUCCAGUGUGACACGAUGCAGCCGGGCUGCGAGAACGUCUGCUAUGACCAGGCCUUCCCCAUCUCCCACAUUCGCUACUGGGUGCUGCAGAUCAUUUUUGUGUCCACGCCGUCGCUCCUGUACAUGGGCCACGCCAUGCACACGGUGCGCAUGCAGGAGAAGCGGAAGCUACGCGAGGCCGAGAAGGCCAAAGAGGUCCGGGGCCCUGGCUCUUACGAGUACCCCGCGGCCGAGAAGACAGAGCUGUCCUGCUGGGAGGAAGUGAACGGAAAGAUCGUCCUCCAGGGCACUCUGCUCAACACCUACGUCUGCAGCAUCCUCAUCCGCACCACCAUGGAGGUGGCCUUCAUCGUGGGCCAGUACCUUCUCUACGGGAUCUUCCUGGAUACCCUGCACGUCUGCCGCAGGAGCCCCUGCCCCCACCCGGUCAACUGUUACGUGUCCCGGCCCACGGAAAAGAAUGUCUUCAUUGUCUUCAUGCUGGCUGUGGCCGGGCUGUCCCUCAUCCUCAGUCUGGCUGAACUCUACCACCUGGGCUGGAAGAAGUUCCGACAGCGGUUUGCCAAGUCCCGGCAGGGCCUGUCUGAGUGCCAGCUUCCCGGUCCCUCCGCGGGCAUUGUCCAGAGCUGCACUCCACCGCCUGACUUCAGUCAGUGCCUGGAAAACGGCCCCGGGGGGAAAUUCUUCAAUCCCUUCAGUAACAAGGUGGCCUCCCAGCAGAACACGGACAACCUGGCCACUGAGCAGGUGCGAGGCCAGGAGCAGAUUCCUGGGGACGGUUUCAUUCACAUCCGUUAUGCCCAGAAGCCUGAGGUACCCAAUGGAGUCUCCCCCGGUCACCGCCUCCCCCAUGGCUACCAGAGCGACAAGCGUCGUCUCAGCAAGGCCAGCAGCAAAGCCAGAUCAGAUGACCUAUCAGUGUGACCCUCCAGCGUGGGUCACACUGGAACCAGGACCAGGUGGGAACAAAGGAGGCUCAGGAGGGAAGAUGUAUCGCGCCUGACUCCAUCUCUCACAUUCUCAUCACUGCUCUGCUCCUUUUGGGCCCCAGAUUCUCGAUGGCAUUGCUCAUUUAUUCCAGAAGGUAUGACUCAGGCUCUGAGAGUUCAGUCAGAGACAUGGUGACCCAGUUUGGCUGCUGUCCUUUGCUCAUGCCUACCCAGUAUACUCAGCAAAGCCUUUCAGAUUCCUCACUGAGCAAGGCAAAGGAAGGCAAUCACGGCAGAUCUGGCCAGGGACGGAUAGGACAAUUCUUUACAUCCCAGCCACACACCGGCUGGGUUCUCCGAGUCCCUAUGGCUUCCUUGACCUGAUUACCCUUCCUCCAGCCAGGAAGAGCCCAAAGUCCUCAGCCAAUAAAGAGCAUGAAUCAAGGAACCUGCAUUAGAUGUGCUCUUGGGCCAAGCCUUGGAGUGGUGGUGAGGUCUCCUUGGACUGCCCUUGGCGGCCCCUCUCUCUACCCAGCCUUACUUAAAAAGAGGUCCUUGGAACUUGCCCAGCAGCCUCAACUUUACAAGUGCCUUGGUAUAUACGUCUGGCAAAGGUCCCAUCUUGUCCAUGUUGCAGCCUUUCCUUCUGCCAGGGUGUACACCCAGCCCAGGGGGCGCGAGCUCUCCUAGGGAGUCACUGUGCACAGACUCCACUGGAAUUCCUGACACCACCUGUCAUCCUGCAGCUCUUUUACAGUUCAUCCCGGUGAUAGAAACCAUCCCUUCCCUUCCUCCCUUGGCUGUUCACCCAGUGCUCCCCUAAAGACCUUAUCGACCGGAAUGCCCAAGAAGCCGUCGUCCUCUCUCAGAUCCUGACCAGAUCACCAGCCACAGAGACCAGUGGAAUUUCCCCAGGUCUUUAUUAAAACAAAGAGGACAUUGUGUUUCUCAUAUUCCCCUUGGGAAAAAAAAUAAUUCUGCUGUGAAGAUGAAAAUUAAAGAGGAGAGAAAAUACUGGAAAUUGACUUUUCCCUCCUAUUUAUUUCCCCUGCUGACUGUCACCUUAGAGUGCCAAGAAGAGGUGUGAUGACAGCUAUGGAGGCCCCCAGAUCUCUCUCUCCCUAGAGGAUUUAGUGGGGGGCGUGGAAGCAUAGGGGAAUCUCCAGCUCUUUUGGCAGGGUUCUCGUUUAAGAGCAGAGAUUCUUGUGUCUCCCUGGUGCUCCAAGGAGACUGCCAGGUGGAGACUGCAGAAAAACCCUGCCUUCCUCAGGCACUGGCCUGGUUUCUCUAUUCAGUCCAGUCAUCGUGGGUUGCCAUUUUGGAUGAAAGUAAAGGGUGCUCAGAAUUGGACACUGAGACAUAGAGAGAGAUGGUUACUUUUUUAAAUGUGUGUGUGUGUGUGUGUGUGUGUGUACCCGCUGACAGGGUGGAUGAAGGGGAGGGGAGACCUGAAAUAAGGAAAGGAAACCUUAGAGAAACGUGUGUCAUUCUGUCCUCCCCUCCAGGUGCCUUGCAGAGGGGCUGAGCCUCACUGUUUUCAGUGUCAUCUGUCUAACCGGGUAGGCAUUCGGGGUCGGGACAGAGGAGGGUGAAGGAUCAGAAGGAGGUUGAAGCUUUGCCCCGCCUGCCAAUUUCCUGGCUCCUCGUGGGAUAGUUGGAUGUUAUUGAUGGGUGAGAGAAGGAUGAGGGGAGAGAGGUGAGGGGAACUGAUUGGGGUGCCAUUGAGGAAGAAUGACUGGUCAUCCCAGGUCCCUGGAGCGGACACCGUUUUAUUUAUAGUGUGGCCCUGGCAUGAAGAGUCUCUCCAAAACGAAACGAAAAAGACGCUCCGUCUCUGAAAUGUGUCUGUUUUAUGAAAUGCGUGUUCUUGAGUUAGAAAUUCUAUGAGGUCAGUUUUUGAUGCUGGGGCUUUCAGGAAGGAAAAAGGAAAAUUAUGUGUAGUUUGUCUUAAUAAAGUCUGGCCUUACCUCUAACUCUCCU